UCCAACCAGCGGAAAGCAGGGCAGCCCAAUUCCUAGUGCCUGCAGGCAGCAGCAGCCCAGAGGCCCCUGGCCCCAGCCAGCUUGGACAGCCAGCACCUCUCCCAUCACCCAGCCAGAAUGACAGCAGUCAAUUAACAAGACUUAAUGCACUAUGGAUUACUUACUGACCUUGGACUGAUGACAUUGAUAUUGGUGGAUUUGAAAAACACAUUUUGAACUUAGCAACUGCCUGACAAUGAAUGGGAGGUCAUGCAGUAUGAGCCACCGCACAUCAGGUACUCCCCAUGGACCUGGGAUGAUCAAUGGACAGCAGAUUCCACCAAUCAGAGUUCAAGCGGGAACACCCUGUCCAUCUUCGAAUAGUAGCACCCCAAGCCCAGCUAUUGGAAACUUGUCUUCCAGCCUACAUUUAAAGAUGCCCCUGGGAGGAGGGGCCGCUCCUCAGAGCAACAUCACUGAUGGUACCAUCCACCUCCCUGCUUUAAGUCCCAGGAGACAAGUGGUUACAAAUGGGAAACCUUUAUUCCAAGUUCCACAGACUCCUGGGCUGCCAGCACCACAGUCUUUAAAGCCAAAGCAGCAGGAAUACGGAAACAAUUCCACAAGCACGGUGAAAGGAAGCCUUGGCUAUGGGCCUCGGUGCAAGUCCAUUGGAAAAGGCAGCUGCAACAAUUUAGUAGUCACCAGCAGCCCUAUGACAGUUCAGCGACUGGGACCUAUAUCGCCUCCUGCAAACCAGGUCUCAACAGCCUGCAACCACAUCAGUCCUAGCUUACAGAGGGCAAUGAAUACUUCCAGCUUGAAUAUACCUCCUUCUGAUACAAGGUCUCUCAUGUCACGUGAGUCUUUAGCCUCCACAACUUUAAGCCUGUCAGAAAGUCAGUCAACUCCAAGUGUGAAACAAGAAUGGUCUCAUGGGUACAGGAUUCUUCCUUAUCUUCCUUCCAACCAAGGCUCCCAAAAUGGCAGUGAGUUAGGGGACAUACUGAGUUUGCCACCUGGAACAUCUAUGUCGAGCAACAGUGUAUCAAACUCAUUGCCAUCUUACUUGUUUGGCAUGGAAAAUAACCAUUCCCCUUACCCUAGUCCUCGCCAUUCCUCAACAAGGUCUCAUUCAGCUCGCUCCAAAAAAAGAGCCCUGUCUCUGUCCCCUCUAUCUGAUGGCAUUGGGAUUGACUUCAACACAAUCAUCCGUACAUCCCCAACCUCUCUGGUUGCCUACAUAAAUGGUUCAAGGACAUCACCAGCAAACAUCUCCCCUCAGCCUGAGGUCUAUGGGCAUUUUUUGGGAGUAAGAGGAAGCUGUAUCCCCCAGUCUUGCUCUAUUCCAAACACUCAAAAAGGUCUUUUCAUGGCUAAUGGCAAUGUCAGCCUCCCAGCUUACAGUGAAAAUGGAACUGUGGAAUACCAGCGGAUGCAGCAAUUGGAGCAAAGUAGCUUGCAAGCAGCCAUCAUGAACAACAUGGUGGUUCAACAAGGGAUGCCUCUGGUAGACAAUCAGCCAAUGAACAUACUAAAAAGUGAACGUGUGGAUGAUUUUUCAGGCAGCACAAUUAAUUUGCCUCCUCCUCCACCUUUGCCACAACCUCCUCCUCCCCCACAAGGUCCGCCACCCCCUUACCAUGCACAUCAGCACCAUAAUCAACAAGACCUCUUAAGUCAUUCCCAUCAACUUUCUUUGCCUCCUUCUGGCCAGGGCCCUCUAUUAGAUGAGGAUGGUGAGCUAGAUGAUUUUAAUGGUAAACACUGCUGUCGUUGGAUAGAUUGCAGUGCUCUUUAUGAGCAGCAAGAGGAACUUGUGCGGCACAUAGAAAAGAUUCAUAUAGACCAGAGAAAGGGAGAGGACUUCACGUGUUUCUGGGCAGGAUGUCCUCGAAGAUACAAGCCAUUUAAUGCCCGUUACAAACUGCUGAUUCACAUGCGAGUUCAUUCAGGAGAGAAGCCAAACAAGUGCACGUUUGAGGGCUGCAAGAAGGCCUUUUCCAGAUUAGAAAAUCUCAAGAUUCACUUAAGGAGCCACACUGGAGAGAAACCCUACCUUUGCCAGCAUCCUGGCUGUCAGAAAGCAUUCAGUAACUCCAGCGAUCGAGCAAAGCAUCAGAGAACACACUUGGACACUAAACCGUAUGCGUGUCAGAUUCCAGGAUGUACCAAGCGAUACACAGAUCCAAGUUCCCUGAGAAAGCAUGUAAAGGCACAUUCUUCCAAAGACCAACAGGCCAGGAAAAAGUUACGAUCAAGCUCAGAGCUUGACCAGGACAUCCUCAGUGAUUGCCUCACUAUCCAGCCUCUCCAGCCAGCCCCUUCACCCCAUGAUGCUCCAGACAAUACCAUGGGGCGAUCACCAGGGCCAGUUCAUGACAUCUACCCAGGACAGAACAGGAUACAGUAUAUCAAAAAAGCGACAAUGUUCUCCAGCACACACUCAAGUCGGAGUGGAACAGCAGCUGGGGCUGUGCCUCUGACGCAUCCUGUCAGUCAUCCCUCUCCUGGGCAUAAUGUACAGGGUAGUCCCCACAACCCACCAUCUCAGUUACCUCCUCUCUCAGCUGUGGACUCAGGCACUGAGAGAUUUGUAGCUCCUGCUCCUUCUCCCCACCACAUCAGCCCCAGGAGAAUUUCAGUUCCUCCACCCAUGAUGCAGAGGCGGACACCACAGCCUCCCCAUCUCCAGCAGACUGCAGGGACGCAUCUCAAGACAUACCAGACAGCAACAAAUCCAUCUUUUCAACCAAACAGCAUCCACAUCCAAGGUUUUUAUGGGCAACUUCAGACUUUCUGCCCCCCACAUUACACUGACACUCAGAGGAACAUGCAACAUGGUGUUUCUUGUAAUACAAUCCCUACUUUUGAUGACUGCCUAGUUCCCUCCUCAAUGGGCCAAGCAGGGCUCGAUGUUUUCCACAGAGCCUUUUCAGCUCAUUCUGGUAUUACAGUUUAUGAUCUUCCAUCAGCACCCACAGGUAUCUUUGGUGAUUCGUUCCGCAGUGGAUCUGAGGACACCAGUUUCCUUCAAAUAAAUGCAGUGGAUCGUUGUCCUAGUCAGCUUUCCUCUGUCUAUACUGAAGGCUAAAAAUAGUCCAAGGCACAUCAUAAUGCUCUUGCAUAUCAUCUUUCCUGUCUGAUGUUCAGGAUGAGUGUUAUAUUAUUGUUCAUAUAUAAGACUGCUACAUGUAUGCACAUGUAUCUGUGCAUAUUCAUACCUACUGGACAGCAGGAAAUGCAGUCGCCAGUCAGUCAGCCUCACAGAAGUAACUGGUUGAAGGGGAACAUGGUUUUAAAAAAAGAGAGAGAGAAAGAGAGAGAACUUUGCCAAAACUUUAGCAAUAAUUUCUUUUCUUUUGUUCUGCUGCAUGGCAGCACUGCUGUUUUCUUAAAGGGAAAUCAAAGACUGACUAUAAGAGAACUGCUGCUGCUGUAAUCCUUUCAAGCAGCACUGGUGGCAUCAUUUAAAAAUGUGGUUUUGGAAAAUCCUUUUUUAAAGACUAAAACCUGAGAACACUACAAACAUUUUAAAGGCACAUUUUUUGCACAAGGUAUUUGUAUGUGGUGCUUCCAAACCUAAACACACACAAAAACACAAAAAAGGGAGAACAAUUUAAGACACAUCAUGGAAUCACCUGUUGGAUGCAUUGUUGCGGUUUCUUUGUGAAGCAAAAAACCACAGAUAAUGGAUUUCCAGCAACCCUUGGUUUGGUCUUUUCUUCCCAUUCCUCUGGCUUUUCAGUCUUUCAGAAUGGCUAUUACUAUUUUUUCACUGCUUCUUCUGUUUUAGUAUUUUAUACAAUGAAUAAGAAGAGUGUAACUGCACUAGCUUAAAUGGUACAAGGACUUCCUUUGUAUCUUAGCACUGCUGAGGGGAAUUUAAUAAAUAAUAAUCUUCCUGUAUAAUUUUUAACCACACUGUUGAAUUUAAUAGACAAUUAUAUCCCUGUUCUAGAUUCUGUAGGAAGGUUAAAAAUAACCUGUAGCAAACAAGCAUUUCCCAUUAAAUUUUGUAGGGUUUUAUAAUAAGUUUGUAUAGAAGCCAUUCAAAUCUGUAUUGAUCCUCUUUGGCUUUAUCCCUAUACCAUUCUACAGGGUUUUUCCAUUAGUGGCUCCUCCAGUUAAGGGUUUGUUGGUGUUUAGAGGUCCACAACUUGGCUGUUAUUUUUUUUCUUUUUAACUCCAUGCUGAAACUUUGACCUGCAAAGUUUCAGCCUAAGCUAUGACCAAAUCAGUUCAGCCACCCUUAAAGCCACAUGUGCCUAGGGAAAAAUGAAGUUUUGUGUAGAUAUAUGAGUUUUGUCAUCAUUGUGCUCCCAUGUAAUUCAGAAGCGUCUUUGCUGAUUACUUAUUUAAAACUAUUUUUUUAGUUUUUCAUCCAUGUUGUGUACAAAAUCUUUUGGAAUUUCUUAAUGUAUGUUAAUGUUUGUUAAUAUUGUGAUGGCUUUAGAUUAGGACCUGAGACAAUAUGAAGAACUAAGAUCCAAAGAAAUUAUUGUAGUCCAGGAAGUUGCAUGCUGCAACUUGUCAGAGCUUAUUCGCACACUAGGCCAUAGGAAUUCCAAAUGAAUCCUUAGUCUACACGACUGGAUUUCAGAAGUCAUUUAAAAAGCUACUUUACAUGAGAUGUUUUUGUGAUCUAUCAAGUAAAGUAUGGGCCAAAUUAAUCUUGGAUUUCACAGUACUGACUUUGCUGGAGUUGUACCAGGAAUGAAUUUGGGAUAAGGGGUUUCUGAAUACUGACAAAACACAUCUGAAUACACAUACUCAAAUGAGAAAGUUUAAUCUAUUUUAUAAAUGUAAAGUAUACAUUUAGAACACUUAAUUUCAUAGCAGUAUGGAUCAGCUUAAUUCCAGAAAUUCUGUUUUAAAUCCAUCUAUUUUCUUCUCGCUUUUUCAAUACUAGGGAUGAACUUGACCCUCUGUCUUUACUUGUGUCAUUAUGCCUAAAUCAGUAAUUUUUAAUCAGGGUGUUCCAAGAUCCUUCUAAAGGUGUUGUGGGGUGGUCCAUUGUUAGGUAUACAAACACCUACACAUGAUUCAUAAGAUAAACUCGGACAUUUCAAAUAGGAAUCCAUAGUGUCCAAAACAUUUGGACCUAUUAUAAUCUUUCAAUAGAAGAAUUGUUGUUUAAUUUUCUUGCAGUCAAAAAACAAGUAAAAGCCAAGAUAUGGUACUUUCUGAGGUGUGCCUUGAAUCUAGCAAGGUGUGCCUUGAGUCUUAAGGGGUUGAUAACCACUGGCCUAGCUAUUAUGAUGUACUGUUUGCAAUGGCAAAGAAUAGUACAGAUUCACCUGAAGCUUCUCUACCAAGCUGAAAUGCAAGGCAGUUGAUGACACAGACAUAUAUAUCAUUUACAUUUGGCCCAAAGAGUUAACCUUGAGUACUCCAAAGAGUACUAGACCUUGACUCUAGUAAUUUUUGCUAGAGAUUUAAUUUUAUCCUAUAUUAAAGCUUCAUCCUAUGGCCAUGGAGCAAGCAUAACUCACUUGGUCUUUUGCUUAAGGCAGAGGUCAGCAAUCCCCAGCACACGUGGCAGAGCAUGGUAGGCAGGGCCAUUUUCCUCAGCAUGCCACAGCUGACCUGAACUCUGGGCAGCUUCUGCCAGCAGCUGCCCAGAGCCCUGGCCGACUGCAGCUGGGAGGCUGCAAACAGCUGCAUGGGGCUCCACAGCCCUGGCACCAGUUCCAUGACUACCGCAGCUGCGUGUGCACCUCUGAGUGCAUAGCCAGGGAGGGGUCUGGGGCAGCAUAACCCUGGCUCCUCCACCACUAUCCACCCAGAAGUAUGUGUACAGCUGCUGCCACCAUGGAGCCAGUGCUGGAGCUGCAGAGCCUGGCAUAGCUGUUUGUAGCCUGCCAGCCACCUAGUACAACUGCUCAGAGCCUGGGCUGGCUAUGGAAGGCACCUGGGAGGCUGCAAACAGCUGUGCUGGGCUCUGAAGCCCCUGCACCAGCUUCUUGGCAGCAGCGGGUGCACACGCAGCUCACAGCACAUGGAAAGGGGCUGGGGCAGCAUAACCUCAGCCCCUCCCCUGCAAUCCACCCGGAGGCACGCAUGCAGUCACUGCCAGUCAUAAGAAUCGGGCCCCUUGUGGCUCCCCCAUCUCUGGCAUGCCAAGUUGACAUCAAUACAGGGAGAAAUAGCUCCUUGGAUAUGUAUGUUGUCAAAUUAGCUAAGUUUACCUUCUAACCAAGACCCCACCAAAAUGUGUUGAUCACUUAGGCUAGGUACAGAUAUUCAAAAAGCCCGAAGCAAAAUCUAAGUUGCGUGUUUUUUUGUAAGCAACAUAGUUUAGAUCAGUAGUGAACAGAACACACAUUCACCAUCUGUUGUGGGGUGCAAAUAUUAGACUGGGUUCUGCCAUUUUAAAGCCAGUCUAUAUGUACUGUACUUCUGUUCUGUUACAGGUAUAGGCUGGUUUCUGAUCACUUCUAUCAGUACAAGUGUAAUGUCUGUACCUGGCCAUACUGUGUGUCACAAGUGGAGAUAACUGCAGAGUUCAGAUUUAGACCUCUCUGACCUUUGAAGCUAUUGAAAUACUUUUUUCUAGUCUGUGAACGCACCAACUAUGCAGCAAGGUGGCCUUAUAAUGGCAAAGCACAACAGAAACAAUAGAAGAAGACCAAAUGAAAAGUGGACAUUGACAGUUUUCCUUUUUAUCAGCUAAGUUUGAAAAAAAAAUACUCUUAGAAGUCAAUCACAUGUUUUAUUGGUUUUUAAAGUGCCUUGAUCAUAAAGUGAAACACAAUACUGUCACCAGAAGUACAUGGAGAUGGGCUACCUCCCGGCUUGUAGAAAGGUAUGCCUUGUUUACUUAUAUAUUAAAGAGUGAUUCCUCAUGAUUAUUUCAUUAUUCCCAUACGAGUACAGACAGACUUCAAGAGAUCAACUUGGUUCAAUCAGAGAGUUAUAGGCAAAAGAACGCUUCUAUAUAAUUGUUUUCUUGAAUAUUUAAAUAGGGAAUUGUUUGUCACGUUACAGAAGAAAAAUGGUGCUUAUGGAAACAUACAAAGUUUAAUGCCAGAGUUUCAUGCAAAUACAUGUGCCUCAUUGAUACGUUUUGUUUUAGAUUGCUGGAUAAUGUUAACUUUCUAAAGGGAUUUAUAUCUAAAAGAUGGUUUUAUUUUAGAAAAUGUACAUUAGACAAUAUUAUAAUUAAGUAAUUUACAAUAAUUCUUUUUAUAUCAUUCUGUUUCUUGGCCUCAAAUGGUAUAUUUAUGUCUACAGUAGAAAAGGGUCUACACUGGAGUUGAAAAAUGUAGCUUCAAACAGCAUUUUGUAUCAAAAAGAAAGACAUUAUAGUUUACUAAUACCAGUUGCUGAAGUGUUGCAAUGUUAAUGCCACUUGUCAUAUGAUAUUGUACUUUGUGAUUUCCUUAAAGAGUUGUGAAUGACUUUGUGAAAAAAUCAUCUAAAUGUGUUUGUUCCCAGUUUUGACUGUACAAUUUUUAGAGCAACAUUUUUAAACAGCACUUUUUGUUGUUUGUGUGAAGUUGUCUGUUUUAUUAUCUUUUCUAGGAACAGAUGCAGCAAAAACCCACAUUUAAAAAUUAACGGGGUGUGUUUUUAUUAAGAAAAAUCUCUAUUUUAUACAGAAAGCAGAGUAUCUUGUGUAAUAUUUUUACACAAAGCACUUUGGUGGGGAGAGGGAGUGGAAAUAUGUUUUCCAUCAACCUUAAGACACUUGUACAUAUUUAUACAUGUUCACAUAUAUAGAUUUGAACUCCAUAUACCAUACUGUAUAUCUGGAUGAUUUUACUACAGUGUCACAUCUGUUGCAUAUUGUAAGUCAUAAAUCUUUUGAACAAUUAGUUACACUUUUUUCUAUUAAUAUGUAUACUUUUGUGAUUUGUUACAGUUAUGUUUCAUAUAAUCGUAAGUUAUUUUUGUCUUGCUUCUUGAAGUCCUUUUUAUGUAAAAGGUAAAAUGAAGGGUUUGUGCAUAUGGUACAAAAUAAAACUGGAAAUUUAUAACACACUGACAUGACUGAUGGAAUGUCUUGUUGUGGGUGUCUUAGAACAAGGCUGCUCCAGCCAUUGUUUUUCACCAUAAAAUGCUUAGUCUUUAGACUGCUUAAUGUAAUUAGAAACAGAUAUAAGGAAAAUAUUUCAGAGUUUUCUUCUAAAAAGUCAUCUUUCUUUGGGUCAGAGUUGAAGACUGGAUAUAAUUAUGGGAUAUACGAGGGCUGGGGAGCUGCAGAAAAAAAUUAUUGCUUCUGUGUGUGUUUACUUGGUGAGAGGGGGCAUAAAUAAAAUAUGAAGCUUUAUUUAAUUAAAUCUUUUGUACUUUUAAGAUUUUUUUACAUUGUUGUUUUGGUUCACAGGCUUCUCCAAACUAAAUGCAUACUGGGAUGAGGAGGAAUUUAAGACUGAUGCAUUAUUUUUCUAAAUAUGCCUAUGGAAUUCUAAACUCAUUUCAGAGACUUGAACACAAUGGAAAUAGUCCCUAGCUUGUCUUAUCUUUGGUGUAUGAGGAGAGAUGUCAAGCACAAAAAGCUGGUGCUCUAUCAAUGCCAGUUCUAUACAAAAGGUAGGCAGUGUGGCUAACAUGGCUAACCACCUCUCUGUUUUAUACAGCAGGUAACCUGGACAAUACAAGAUACAUUGGAAACCAGCUAGUUAUCCCUCAGCCAAGUUCAAGCUACAAUAAAAGAUAUUCCAGAAAUGUUUUUAAAUCAUGCCAAAAAUCUAAACCAAGAAAUGGUGUAAACAAACAUCU